CCGCUUUCAUUUAUCAGCAACAUUCUGAAUUACAUGUAUUAUGACACUGUAAAAUAAAACCCACCUUUAAUUUUUCAUUCUUGGAAAAUCAUAUCAUCUUCUUGUUAAUUACACAUGAAAAACCGCUUUUGUUUGAGCAGACGAGUGUUUCGAGCAGUGCGAAAGUAAAGAACACAGCAACCUCGCAAGUUCAACCUUUAGGCAUGGCGAAAGAUUGUUCAAUACAAGGACCAGUAAAGGAGGAGUUCACUUACCAAGCUGGAUCCGCUCCCUUCAAGAAUUGUCAUGCUUCUACCAUUGUCGAGGUUGAUAAGGAUCAUUUUUUGGUUGCCUAUUUUGGGGGUUCAUUCGAGGGGGCACCUGAUGUCAAAAUAUGGGUGCAGACUUACAAGAACGGGAGAUGGCAAGCACCUGUAAUUGCUGAUCAACAACCAAAUAUUCCUAUGUGGAAUCCUGUACUGUUCAAACUUGCAUCAGAUGUGAUACUUCUCUUCUACAAGAUAGGCCAAGAAGUUCAGAAAUGGAGUGGAUUUGUGAAACGCUCAUACGAUAAAGGCAUGACUUGGACAUCAAGAGAACAGCUUCCUCCUGGUAUAUUAGGACCUAUAAAGAAUAAGCCUAUUUUGCUUGAAAAUGGUAAUUUAAUUUGUGGAUCAUCUGUUGAAAGCUGGAACUCCUGGGGCGCCUGGGUAGAGGUAACAGCAGAUUUAGGCAGGUCAUGGAGCAAGCAUGGCCCAAUUUACAUUGAAAAUGAACCUCUGAGUGUGAUUCAACCAGUACCUUAUCAGACUGCAAAUGGGAAAUUACGUGUUUUACUACGAUCCUUUGAUGGCAUUGGUAGAGUUUGUAUGUCAGAAUCAUCUGAUGGUGGCAAGACUUGGGGAUAUGCAAAACCUACUCAGCUCCCCAACCCAAAUUCAGGUAUUGAUGGGAUUAAGCUUAGAGAUGGCCGGUUAUUGCUUGCUUAUAAUACUAAAUCAAGGGGUGUGCUUAAAGUGGCACUCUCUAAGGAUGAUGGUGAUUCUUGGUGCGAGGUUCUUACAUUGGAGGAUACAUUGGGAAUGGAAUUCUCUUAUCCUGCUGUUAUCCAGGACACUGAUGGACGAAUACAUAUCACCUAUACAUAUGAUAGAACACAAAUUAAGCAUGUUGUUCUUCUACCAAGUUGACGUGGAGUAAAUAGUUUCAAUUUCGAAAACGCAGAAACAACAGUAUUUUACUUAAUCCAUCUACAUUAUCAUAUACUAUUCUUUGUUCAGUAAAAAAGCUAACUAAAA